AUAUAUUGUGGUGAUAAGGAGCAUUGAUCCUCAAAGUUUCACUCGCAAUCAUGUCUAUCCCGACCACUGAAAUCCUUAUCUUCGACACUUCAGAGGCGUUUCGCAAAGACAGCUCAAUUUUACGCCCUGCGCUCGACAUAGUUUCAAAGGCUGAUGGUGUCCAAAUGCCCGUCUACGUUGGAGUGCAGAUCGAAAACCCAGCUACAGGCUAUAUGUUCCUCAACUGGGAUAGCCGAGAGCACCAUCAGGCAGCGAUGGCAGCCCCCUCGUAUGCUAAUCUGCGUGAAAUCCUGAAAUCCGCCGUCACGAGCCCGGGGAAGAUGUACCAUGUGAUCUUUAACGACCAUCCCAUCGCACUCAAACAGCCUGUCACGGAAGUCCUCCUCGUCACGCUCAAAGACCCCAGUCAUCGCGCAGAGGUAUACGACAUCUUCACCAAGUUCACGGAGUUAUCUAAAAAGAUGCUCGUGUUUGGGCCUACGCUGGAGGAUGAGAAUGUGAUUGCUCUUCUUGGCGGAUGGGAGAGCGUUGAGGCUCAUCAGACGAUGGUCGCUAAUCCUGAGCCGAAAGCUGCGAUCGAACGGUUAUUCACUCUGGUCAAUAAGGACCAUCUGUUCCAUACUGCCUUGACCACUCGCGAAUGAAAGUAGCGGUUGAUAGUGAAGGCUACUGAGGUCGUGUACAAAGCAACAAUUGUAAAUUAUAAAUGCUAGCUCCUGACUUUAUCCAUUCAAGUGCUAAGAAUGUUCAA